AUGAUGGGAUCAUGUUUUCAUGAAUGUUUGGUUAAAUAGUAAUUAUUAUUUCCACCAUUGAGUUAAAUCAUUACCACUGAUUAUUUGCUGAUGAUUGGUAACAGGAUAUCAAGGUUUUUUAAUGAUAAAAGUGUCUCGAUGUUUAUCUUCAGGCAAUUGAUUAAUCCCUCGAUUCAUCAAUUGAUGAUUUUCAAUCAACAUUAACAUGACCUAUCACAGUUAUUAUUAACUCUCUCAUUCCUGUCAAACAGCUAAACUCAAAAUCAACCUUUGUAUGUUCAAAUCAACAUCAUUAUCAUCAUCAUCAUCAUCAUCCUCAUCAUCUUCUUCUUCAUCAUCUCCACCAUGAUCAACUGUAACAACAACCUCAUCAGAACCAUUUUUAACAUUAUCAUCACCAUACAACAUAACCGAGUUAUCAUCAACCUUUUAUUGAAUGAAAAUGAAAAUAAGCUUGACAGUUAACACAACAAUUGACGUUUGUUUAUUAAAUUAUCAUUGAAAAUUGUGACAUCCAUUUAACCUCCAAUUUUACUCUAAAUUGAUUAGGAAAACCAUUAAAUCAUAGUUUCAUUCAGAGACUAAUCAGUAAACCUCUUUAGCCUCUUCUCUCCCUUUGAUUGUGCCAUUCCAAGACUAUGACUUCUGAUAAGGUUCCAAGUGAUUCAGCCUUACGAGGUGAUACCAUUGAUCCAAUUAUUAGGCCAAUUGUGAUCUGUGGACCUUCAGGUUCGGGCAAGAGUUCACUGCUUAGGCGACUCAUUAACGAUUAUAAAGAUUAUCUUGGAUUUACAGUAUCUCAUACAACUAGGAAACCUCGUGAAGGGGAAAUUGAUGGAAGAGAAUAUCAUUUCAUGGAAAGAGAUUCAAUGGAAAAAGCAAUAAAGGAAAGUGAAUUCAUUGAAUUUACUGAGUUUUCUGGGAAUCUUUAUGGAACCAGUAAAAAAGCCAUGGAACAUGUUCAAAACAGUGGAAAAAUUUGUAUUCUUGACCUGGAGAUCGAAGGAGUUAAGAAUAUGAAGAAAUCCAAUUUCAGGCCAUUGUUCAUUUUCGUGAAACCACCGAGUCUCGAGGUUUUGGAACAACGAUUGAGAGCUCGAGCAACCGAGUCCGACGAAAACAUAGAACGACGUUUGAAACGAGCCAAAGAAGAUCUGAACAUGGAAGGAAUCGAAAAUUAUUUCGACCUGGUCUUGAUCAAUGAAGAUCUUGAUCAAGCUUAUGCUGCUCUCAAGAAUUUCAUUCAACCGGUUAUCGAAGUUGUUAAGGCCUCACGAACUAUUUGAUCUAUUGACUGUCAUCAUAUUCCAAAUACUUGAAAAUCAUUAAUCUCACAAAGAAAAUAGUAUCUCACAUUUACCAUGAUUAUCAUGAAGGAUAAUCUGUUAAUCACUUCAUUAAAGUGUAUUAACAAUUACUGGAUAUUCAUGAUGGACAAAAUUUAUACAUAAAUAUUAUCACAAAUAACCAAUAGUUAUCCAAUAUGAAUUGGUAUGCGAUUAAUUGUUGACCAAUCAAUUUGACAACCGAUUCAAAUUAUAAAGUAAUCUUAAUUUCAUUCAACUCAAUCAUUUGAAAUUUUUAUAUUUUAUCAAUUAAACAUCAACAAAUUUCACCAACUACCGAUCAUAGUGAAUAACAAACAUUCAUGUAACCAAUUUAAUUGCACAUACAAAAUAAAAUUACAUUAAUUGUGAACCGAA